AGAAUGUCACCUCAAAAUUGGUUACAAAAAAAAUCUGUCACUAUAAUUUGGCAACAUUGUAUUGUUUAUACUUUCCAAAAAUGUCCGUUGAAGUUUGAUCCAAAUUGGGAGGAAGCGUUUUGAAUUUUCAAUUUCGUAAAUAAAAAGUAGUGUGUAAUUAUAAAGACUAUAACUUUACUAUUACGAAUCUGUAUUUAUCUAAGUGUUCUGUUCAUGUUAUUUAUAAAUAAUUUUAAGGCGUAAUUUAUGUGCAAUGAUGGUGGAAAAUCGAAUAUCCUCUACUCCAGGAUUAUCAAGACGGAGUAUUGGCGGGAGCAGCAAUAGUUCUAUUAGAAGAAGAAGUCUUAUACCGCAAACUCGAGUGGCUAAUACCAGAGAUGAGGACCGGAAUGACGACGAUGCGGAAAGGUCAUCACUGGUGGCGUCGGAACGAUCAGUGGUCACGUCGACGCCGCAAGCGUCUCCGCGCCGACCGCGCGAGACUAUGACGUCAUCCCCGCAGAAAGAACACUUUCAGGGCUGCCUCAAGCUUUAUGCUGAAAAUAAAAUAACAAAAGACAACGCAUGGAACCUACAGCUGAUAGAUUUCAUGUCGUCGAUGCUGCGCCGGCACGACACUCGCAUGGAGAACCUCCAGACGGCUUCCACGGUGGUGGACGCGUCCGCACGCAUCUACUCCUUUAGAGUCGAUGCUGUGCAUUAUGAUGUGCUGAAGAUAGCUGGGGGGUUGACGAAGGCCGCCUCGACAAAAAGGGGUAAGAAAGACGAUGACAAUGGUUCUCAAGACGAAGGUGCGGCAGACGGUGAUGGCCCGGUGGCGCCAACCAAGAAAAAGAAAAAGAAAUCGAGAGGAGCUGUGGCUGCACAUCCCGAGAUCUUCAAUGGGCAAUUUGAUUCUAAUGAGUACAUAGAUGCAUUCUUCGAGAGACUGGCGGCCACCGCGGGUGAUGUGACGUCAUCAAACAGAGCAUUUAAUGCAACAUUGCCUAUACACGACAAAACGCUGGCAUUAAUAUUAAGAACUGAUGACCCUUUCCUGGAACCUAUAAAGGAGAAUGUGCCAGAAGACUUAAACCUAAAUGACCGCGUCACAAUAGCUGCGAAAUUAUUGCCUGCCUUCGUUGAUACUGAUCAAAUAUGUGAACCAUUCUCAGGGUUCUCUAUUAGUAAUUGGGAUCCGGAGACUGAAGAUACGAACGACCGUGUUAACAAUUGGGUGGAAGAUAAUAGAUUAAACUUAUCACAACAAGCAUUAGCUUUUGACGUAAAUGCGGAGGUUGAGCCCAUCCCACAGGACGAUGUACAUAAUGAUUUGUAUGAGGACGAGCCGCUGGGCGGCGUGGACAGCGGCGAGGAGGCGGACGCGGCGGUGGCGGCGUGCGUGGCGCGCGCGGCGGCGGGCGCGGUGCUGGCCGAGCUGCGCGACAUGCGCCCCGCCGCGCCCGCCGACUCGCGCCUCGAGUACUCCUACUGCGGCGCCGUGCUCGCCGCCUGGGCCGGGCCCUCGCAUUGGCGCCUCAAGAACAACCGCGCAUCCAAAAUGACAGAGCGCACCCAGUCGACCACGGGGCGGUUGACGGCAGUGGAAGGCAGGCGGCCGGCACGGAUGAAACGGCAGCUGGACUUCACGGGCGCGGGGCUCGCGUUCGACUGCCGCGCUGAGCUGGGCGGCGAUUAUGAACCCACGCAACCCGCAAAGAUCAUGAUCAGCAGGAAGACACUGGCCACCGGACACACAUGGAACGAAGCUAACUUCAAAACUCCUAUUGAUAGAGGCUUAGACGAGUCCCACUUCCGGAAGCUGUUCCUCCGGCGUAACGUGAUGAUGAUGCGCAAAAAAGACCUUGAGCACAGCAAACAACCCGAACCGGAGCCGGUUACCGUCGAAGAAGUGCGCGACUAUGACUACAACAACGAAAAUGACGCGUCAUACUGUCCGAAUAAUAUGCCGGAAGCGGACGAAUGGGGCAAUGAAGACGCGACGGCAGCAGGUGAUCUACACGAUCAAGUCAAAGCUGCGGAGUUAGAAGAAAUUGGCGAUAUGCUCGAACCACCUACUAAGGUGGCAAAAAUUUUCAUACCCUACGCAAUGCGUUCAAAGAAAGUGGACAUGAAGCAACUGAAACAUUGUACCUGGAAAAUGCUCACAGAAAAAACACCGGAAGGUGCGAAAGAGGAUGUCAGCCAAUCCACAUUCUUUACGAUAUACUCACGAUUGCCGAGCAAACUAUCGACAAAUAUGCGCGAGUCGCUCAGCGUCCCGCUAGCGCUACUUUCAGUGCUUCAUCUUGCAAACGAAAAGGGGCUUAUAUUGGAAAAACGAGAAGAUCUUAAAGAUAUAGGCAUAAUAGGCUUAAUAAAAUAAGUUUUACUUAGAGUAAAUUUAAGCGCCUCGCAAGUGAGGUACUUCUGCAGGUCUACAAAUAGAAAAAUUAAUAUCGAUAAUUAGACUAAUUAUCUCUUCUUAGUUGUUUCACCACUGUUUUCAAUAAACAAUUUUAAUCUUAGACUGACUCCGAGAAUAAAUCAAACGAAAUGAGACGUUUGAAAGCCCGACAUUACAAAAACCUUUGUUCUGAUUGGUCCAUUUUUGUAAUGAGUUGAAAAAAAAAGAGAUAAGGUUUAUAGAAAAUGGUGGUAAAUUAAUUAGCCUUUCGAUAUAUAGUGUUGCGAUUACUCCUCCGAUUUCCAGUGCUGGACAUUUGUAAAUAUUUUGUGUUUUUGUAAUACAAUUUGUAAACAUCAUUGAAUGUAUAAGUUGUUUUAUAAGCAUUUAUUUUGUAUAUUAAUUUAGGUGUUGAUUAAAAAGUAUUAAUAUGGAG